AUGCUUAGACCGCAUAGAGCAGCUAGAUUAAAAACCGAAAAUGAUAAUGAAUCAUUACAGGAUGAGAACUUCCCGACAACCGAGGAGGAAGAGAGAUUCAAGCGCGAACGUGACGUAGAACGUGAAUCGGAUAGAAAAAAUGAUAACCAUAAUAGCGAUAAUGACGAGGAACGUGACGUAUUGCACAUAAGACUUAACCCAAAAGACGAAGACACAAUGUCAUUACCUGAUACAGAAUCAGUGGCAGAUAGCCUAAGCGAUAGAGAAGGCAAAUGCGAGGAGGAAAAUCCGGAAAGAGAUCCGGAAAGCGAAUCCCAUGAUAAUAUUAAUAGCGAUAGAGAGGUAGAAUCAAAAGAUGAACCGAGUGACGCUGAGAGUACGACUAGUGACACGCCGAGUAGAGAUUAUGACGAACAAAUAAAUAAUAAUCGCGGAAAUAACUACGAUAAUGAUUAUAUAGAUGAUUACGAUAACGACAAAUUUAAUAUACUAUCAAGCUAUAACCCUGAAAAUUAUAACAAAUACGAUAAAAAAUAUAACAAACGCGAAACUUAUAACAACAAAAAUAAUUCGACUCAAAUUUCAAGCGACAGUGAAAAUAGCGCUAAAGAAUACGUAAAUUCAUUCGCAAAUAACGACAAUCAAAACUACAACAAUAACUAG